AUUCACCAUUUCCAAUGUUUUUGCUAUGAACCAGAACGACCAACGGCUUAUCAUUCCACAUCAGGCUGUAUUUUGCGAUGGGUGUGUGUAAAUAUUGGCAGAUAUAAUGCAUGCAUAUUUCCCGGAGAAAAUGAGCCUGCUAUUCCCUCUUCCAGUACUAUGUGCCUUAGCGAAAGCCUCAAAACUAAUCAAUGCGUUAUUUCCCCGCACGCUAACGACUCUUAACCACCAAUAUGUCAGUGACCCAGAAGAUGUUUUUGUCUCCUUGAACAACCAAAUUUCCAGUUUCGCUGAGAGCGUAUCUGCUCCAGAUGGUCUAAACGCCGUCGCUUGGUUGCAACAAUUAAAUGAGUCAUCGCGCAGCCCGUACUUUCUGAGUAAAAUUAUAUCAUAUUGUAAGAAAUCGCGUUCACUUGAUGUGGGAAUUCAAAUUCAUCCAAUCAUUGUCAAAAAGGGUUUCACUUCAAAUCUCUAUAUAUGCACUGCUCUUGUUGAUAUGUAUGGUAACUGCGGAGAAAUCUUAAGUUCUCAGAGACUGUUCGAUGAAAUGCAACAAAGAAAUAUAGUCACUUGGAAUUCUUUAAUUUCUGGUUAUUUACAUGUCAAGUCCCCUGAUAUUACUGUUGAAUUGUUUAUAAAGAUGUUAAAAGCGGGGAUAGAACCAACGGCAUUUAGUGUUUCUAUUGUUUUGGUAGGGUGCUCGCAGUUAGAAGAUGAAGUGAUUGGGGCUCAGGUUCAUGGUGUAAGUUUGAAAUUCGGGUUCUGUAAUAAUGUUGCUGUUGAAACAGGUUUGAUUUAUAUGUACUCAAAAUGUUGCAAUGUUGAGGACUCGAGACGGGUUUUUGAUCAAACGCAAGAAAAAAAUGUUCUUACUUGGAAAUCCAUGGUUACUGGGUAUGCACAGAAUGGACAACCUAACGAGGCCAUGAUUUUAGUUCGAGAAAUGCUGCGUUUAGGCCUGGGAACGAAUGAUGUCACUUAUAACAGUUUACUGAGUUCUUUUCCUUGUAUUAAAUAUUUGAAUUGUUGCAAACAAAUUCAUUGUCGGGUAAUUCGUGAAGGUUUUGAGUCUAAUAUUUAUAUAGUUGUCACCCUUGUGACUGUGUAUUCAAAAUGUAAUUGUAGUUUGGAGGAUUUUCAGAAGGUGUGCUCAAGUGUUACAAGAUGGGACCAAAUCUCGUGGAAUGCAGUAAUUGCUGGUUUCUGUAAUUUACAGUGCGGUGAACAAGCCCUCAAAUGCUUCUCUGAAAUGAGGCGAUCAGGGAUUGAAAUAGACUAUUUUACAUUGACCAGCAUAGUUGGAGCAAUAGGAGUGAUUUCGGGUCUUAAGGAGGGGAAGCAAAUGCUUGCUCUCAUUUUGAAAACAGGGUAUGCUAGAGACGUCCAUGUUCAAAAUGCUCUUGUCUCUAUGUAUGCAAGAUGCGGUGCUAUCAAGGAUUCAAAGAAGAUGUUCUCAUCAAUGAAUAAGCAUGAUGUAAUCUCAUGGAAUUCACUGCUAUCAGGAUGUGCUCAUCAUGGGUACGCUAAGGAGGCUGUAGAGUUGUUUGAACAAAUGCAAAGAACUGAGAUCCAACCAGAUGGUAUCACAUUCCUUGCUGUGUUGUCUGCUUGUAGCCAUGCUGGGUUUAUAGAUAAGGGACUUGAGUAUUUUCAUUUGAUGAAAAAUGAUGCUUCAAUUGAACCCCCCUGAUUAGAGCAUUAUGCCACAGUUGUAGAUCUUUUUGGUCGAGCUGGGUAUCUCGAUGAAGCAGAGUCCUUUAUUAGCAGCAUGCCCAUAGAUCCAGGACCCUCAGUCUACAAAGCACUGCUCAGUGCUUGUCAAAUUCAUGGAAGUAGAGAAAUUGCUGAGCGUUCUGCCAAAAAGCUUCUAGAGCUGUGGCCCAAUGAUCCUGCAACUUAUGUAAUUCUUUCAAAUGUGUUUAAAAUGGCAGGUUAUUGGGAUGAUGCAAUAGGCUUGCGGGCGCUAAUGUGUGAUAGAAGAGUGAGGAUCAAGCCUGGUUAUAGUUGGGUUUGAGUUCGCAAAGAGGAAAUGUUGUCAUUUUUUGGCAAUAUAGAUGCAAUCAAUGAGUCCUGCCUAUUGGUAAAUUGAUAUAAACAGCUUCUCCAAGACUCUGUUUCAAGUACUGGCGCGAAAGAGAGUCAAUAAUUUGAUCUUACUCAGUUGCUGGUGUGACUAGCUAAUCUGGUGGUUGUAAAGAAUGACAAAUUUUCGUCUAAGAUUGGUUACCAAAUUAGUUGACAUCAUAUCUUGACUUCAGUUGUGUCUGCGAAAGAUUGUGAAAUGUAAAUUUAUGACCGGUGUAGGCAUUAGUUGGUUCUUAAUAGGCGGGUGUCUUGGGAUUGUCAAGAGGAAAAAAAAUAACUUAAUACCGAUCCAAAGGAUGCAUCUGAUCUCAGUUAGCUUAACCAAUUAUGUUGUAUAUAAAGUGAAGAACGAGGCAUUUCAGAGUUUUGUCAUUUUGAAUUUUGAUAUAGAGGUCCCAAGAAGCAUCAAGGCAAGGUGUUCGGUUUAAUCCUGACCAUGUUUGUGGGGGAAUUUCGGUGCUAGCCAAAGGUUAAGGAAUUCUCAACUACAGGUUUGAUUAAAAAUCAAAACAGUAUACUCUGGACGCUUGAGUUCAUAUUCAUGUUUUUUAUGAACAUCAGAGUUGAACUUUAGCUUAUAUUAACGAUGAUGAAAUGUGAUGAACUCACAGAGUCAUCAAGUGUCAAUUUUGUUUCUCUUUUCUUCCACGUUUAACUUGCUGCUUGUAAUAGAAUCUCUCAUAACUUGUUGGAAAAUUGGAAAGUUUGUUUUUGAGCUGAUUCAAGAAGUCGUGUAAUUUGAAA